CUUUCACUCUGUCUUCCACCUCUUCUCGCCCCACCUUCUUCUUGUAAUUGCUUUCUUCCAAUUUGAAGAACCACCGUCUUGACAAACACAAUAAGCAAUUUCUGGUAUGGUUUAGAUUUAUCGCCCCGUUGCUCUCCUCGAUUCUUGCAAGGUCGUGAAGAUUCCUCGUGAUUUCUUUAUUUUUUCUAUCGAUCUUGAUAUUUUCUUUUCUUCCAAUGCUUCCUUUGCAACUUUUCCUUUGUGGAUCUUCUUUGUAUGUAGUGAUUUUGACCGAAAUGGAGGCACUGAGACCGGGCUGGGCAGUGAGGAUGAUCAUCGUGAUGGUAUUUACGGCAAUUUUCUUUCGCUGCGUCACUGCGACUAACCAUUCCGUUGGUGGAUCUUCCGGUUGGGAUCUCAAUUCCAACAUCCUAGCUUGGUCAGCGGCCACCAUGUUCCAAGUCGGUGACUAUCUCGUGUUCAAAUACUUGCCAGUUCACGACGUGCUGGAAGUGAACCGAACAGACUUCUUCAAUUGCCGCACCGUGAACCCAAUCAGCACUCACAGCGACGGGGAGACAGUGAUCCGCCUGAUCCAACCAGGCAGUCGUUACUUCAUAUGCGGCCGCCCCCAACACUGCCUUAUGGGACUUAAGCUCCGAGUCCAAGUCCUCCAACGCUUGAGCGACGCCAACAAUUCAAACCACGGCGGCGCUAACCAAGAGGAGCGACUUAGGCCACGCCACCCUCCUCGUCCUCCUCCCUCCUCACCCCCUUCUCCACCCAUUGAACGCCCACCUAUGCCUGACAUUCCGUUGGCGCCAUCUCCUUGCAUUUGUUCCGGGGUGGGCGAGAUGAUGAUGAAAAAUGACCCAAUCAACUGGUGUUUCGUGUUGCUGUUGAUUAUGAAGCUUACUUCCAUUGCUUGAUUCCAUAGCCUUUGUUUCUCCUUCUCCACUCCUCGGAAACACUCGUGCAAUUUACGGCCACAUGGCGAUAGAUAGAUGUAUCAUAUAUUGAUAUCCAUUUU